AUGACUUUUUUGCUUUUGGUGAACAGCGGUUUCAGUGCUAGAUAUAUGCCGAAGUGGAAAAAACAAGCAUGCGAGGUUCCAUCUUCUCGGAACUCGCAUUAUAUAUGUACAGACGAUGGAGAAGUUAAAUGCUUACCUGGAUGGACGGGUGACUUGUGCGACGUACCAAAGUGUCGAUCAGGAUGUGAUCCUAUUCAAGGAUACUGUAAUCGUCCAGGAGAAUGUAUUUGCAAAUUGGGAUAUUACGGAGAAAAGUGUAAUAAAUGUAUAACGUUACCAGGAUGUCAACAUGGUUAUUGUAAUGUCAGCUUUGAAUGUAUUUGUCAUGAAGGUUGGGACGGAAUAUUUUGUACUGAACCCAUUUGUCGACAAGAUUGUCAUCAAACUAGAGGUUACUGCGACGCACCAGGAGAUUGUAGGUGUCGAUUAGGUUGGGCUGGUAAAACAUGUAAAGAAUGUCAAGUUCUGCCGGGUUGCGUGCACGGGUACUGCGAUAAACCACUUGAAUGUAAAUGUCAUCAAGGUUACACUGGACUGCUGUGUCAAACACCAAUUUGUUCGUCGAGCUGUCACAAAGAGAGGGGAUAUUGUACCAAACCAGGAGAAUGCAGAUGCCGUGUGGGUUGGUCAGGAAAAAAUUGUGAUAAAUGCUACCCUUACCCUGGUUGCGUCCACGGUACAUGUCGCAGACCAUGGGAGUGCAAUUGCCAGAAAGGAUGGGGAGGAAUGUUAUGUGAUGAAGAACUAAAUUAUUGCGAAAACAAUCCAGGAACGUGUAAGAACGACGCCAAAUGUAUCUCUCUACCUAAAGACGAAGGAAGUUUCAAGUGUUUGUGUCGCGAAGGCAGUUCCGGCAGAAAUUGUGAAUAUUCAGAUGUAACAACCACCAACCCAAUCACAGUCAAACCCUCCAACAUCUCAAUGGAAAAUGUUACAUAUACCACCGAAAUAACACAAUCAAUAACAGAAGUCAAUGUGAAUAAUGAAACAGUGGUAGUACAAAACGACGAUGUAGUAACAGAUAAUGAAACUUAG